AUGGUCCACUUUACUCCAAAUAGUAUCAAGAUGGGCAUUCACUUCCUUUUAGCCACAACCAUCUUGGCUUUUGCAUUCUCUCUUGCCUCUGCCUCUGAUCCAAGCCCUCUGCAGGACUUCUGUGUCGCUGUUAAAGAUUCCAAGUCUGCAGUGUUUGUGAAUGGGAAGGUAUGCAAUGACCCAAAGCUAGCCACAGCCAAUGAUUUCUUCUACUCGGGGCUCAAUAUUCCUAGAAAUACAUCGAAUGCAGUUGGUUCAACUGUGACUCCUGUAAAUGUUGCUCAAAUACCAGGACUCAACACUCUUGGUAUAUCCUUAGUACGCAUUGACUUUGCACCUAAAGGCCUCAACCCACCCCACAUGCAUCCACGUGCUACUGAAAUCCUUCUUGUCUUGGAGGGCACUCUCUAUGUCGGCUUUGUCAAUUCCAAUCCUGAAAAUCGUCUCUUCACUAAGACCCUAUACCCUGGAGAUGUUUUCGUGUUCCCUGUGGGGCUAAUUCACUUCCAAUUCAAUGUGGGGAAGAACAAGGCAGUGGCAUUUGCUGGACUGAGCAGCCAAAAUCCUGGGGUUAUCACCAUUGCAAACGCAGUGUUUGGAUCGAACCCAAAGAUUUCUGCUGAUGUUCUUACCAAGGCAUUCCAGGUUGACAAGAAUGUGGUGGACUAUCUUCGAGGACAGUUCUGGUGGGACAACAAUUAA